GGAACCUGUGCCUAACAUUCAGACCUCUGAAAACUUCGCAACUGUGAAGAUAGUCAUUUCUUCUACCAACAUGAAUCUACUAUUGGUCAACCUGCUGCUGUUUUCGAUUGUUAUAACGAGUGACGCAAUAAUAGGAAACAUUACUGUCCGAGGAAGAUUGAAUGCUUGUGACGAGUACGAAUGUAGUCGAAGCUGUCAAGGUUCGGGAUUUGCAAGUGGGGAAUGUAAAUGGAAAAUGUCGCGAAUGCGCUAUGUGUGCCGUUGCAUUAGAUUUCCAAGGCAUGGUGGGAUGUCAGCAUGAGACCGGGAGCCAUGGAAAUGAGAUAU